AUGAACAGCCAGUCCAAAGUUCCAGUCCAGCCCAAGCCAAAGAAACCAGGUCUGUGGCUCCGCCUUUUCAGCCCAGCCUUUCGACGCCCUUACUCGCCCUCAGACAUCAAGCUCCAUGGCGCCACAGCUCUCGUCACUGGCACAACCAGCGGCGUGGGUCUAGAGACAUGUAGAUCCCUCCUCUCUCAUGGCGUGUCCCAGCUCAUCAUGAGCUCACGAACACAAAAGAAAGGCGAGGAUGUGGCUGCCGGUCUUCGACUUCAAUAUCCUCGGGCUGAAAUCCAGGUCUGGGAGCUGGAAAUGGAGUCUUAUGACUCUGUUAUUGCUUUUGCUGAACGUGCGCUCAAGGACCUAAAGCGGCUUGAUAUAGUCAUCCUCAACGCCGGCACUUUGCAAGAUGAUGUAUAUCAAGCGGCUUACACAGAGCACGAGGUAAUGUUCCAGGUUAACUACCUCUCCACGGCUCUCCUCGCAAGACUUUUCGUGCCCGUGCUCCGGGAGCGUUCUCCAAAGGGGGUCCCCUGGACGGUUGACCGUCGCCAUGUCAGCCCUAACGAAGUCAUCGUCAAUGCCGUUUGCAACUGGUCCAUCAGAGAUACUCAGCUCUAUAACUCGAUAGAGCAUAUGCCGUGGCUUCAUUUUGCGACUAGGGUUACGAGCGCUCUGGUAGGCAAGUCUCUCGAGCAAGCUGCACAAGGCUACAUCCAUGCAGUGGCUGUAGAGGGCAAUCAAUCCCACGGCGAAGCAAUUGCAAACUUCAGAACACAAAAGAGGAAGUAUGAAGAAAGACCUCGCAAGUGGCGGAUAUUCGAAGAAAAUCUCUUGGACCGGACUGGAAGAGAGUUCCGCCAGCUCUUUGUAGGCAAGUCGACUACAGGAAGCAGGCUGUACAGAGCUAUGGAAUUGGGAUGCACCAUUGAUGAAUCCAUUGGAAAAUAA